CCCAGUGGUCACAUGACUGUUUACACUGUGAGAGAGGAGGCAUGUGGGUGAAGAACAGCAGAAACUCAGGAGAAACGGCCCUCACAUAAACAUGUAGGAUAGCUUACACACACAUACACGCACACACAGGAAACAGCAGAAUGGACCAGAGAGUUGAACACAGUUUUUAUCCUCCUGAGGGCCAGCCCAGCAGACCCAGAGAUGUGCUUGUUAAGUCAGCCUCAGCAUAUGCAGAUAUCCAAUGGGAACAGCCUCAUCAGCCACGAAACUCGGACAGGGAUCCAUUUGGUUACCCUCAUCGUGAGGUCCCCCCACUGGCCAGUUAUGCUCCUCAGCCUGAUUACAUGACAGGGGAUGAUGAUCUCAUCAAGCCUAAAAAGCUGAAUAAUCCAGUGAAAGCCUCUAAAAGCCACCAGGAGCUUCAUCGGGAGCUGCUUAUGAACCAUAAACGAGGUAUUGGUGUGGAGAACAAGCCAGAAUUGCAACGUGUCUUGGAGCAAAGGAAGAGAGAGCAGAUGAUAAAACAAAGAAAGCAGGAGGAGGAGGCCAGGAGGAAAAUCUCUCCAUUGGAACAGGAGCUUCUCAAGAGACACCAGAAACUAGAGGAGCUGGAGAAGGAGCAAGCAAAAUUGGAGGACAGCAACUGCAGUGCUCCGGAAUUCAUAAAAGUGAAGGAAAACCUGAGACGAACAUCGUUUACAAGUUCUGGAGAGAAGGAGGUGUAGGGGCGUAAACAAAGACUGGAUCCAUGUGUAUUUGUGCACAGCCAGUAACAUAGAGAGCUGCUGCAGCUCCUAAACACCACCCACACGACUCUGCUUCUCUACUUCCUGUCUCACACCAACAAUACACUCACCUCUCUCUGUAGGAGGUUCAGAGAGGUCAGAGAUAAGGACAAGACUCAAAGGGCCUCUGCUACACCUUCACAUUAUAAGGAGGUCGAUGCUUAAGAGGUUUCAGGAGACUGCAAAGAGAAAAAGAGUGUUUUUUUCUGCUCUGGGUCAGACUUGAUGGGUUAACUGCCCAGGAUGCUUAUGAGUUUGUGUGUAUGCAUGGAUGGACAGCUAUGUUCUGGUUCCGCCACAUUAGAUGAAAAAGUGAAAACAAGGUACAGGGAUUCAUUUCAGAGUGAAAAAAAACAGGCUAUUUCUCUCUAAAUGACAGGCAGAACAUGUAUAAGGUGUUUACACAAACAAUAUCAGUAUUAUAGGCAAAUUGUUUUUUAUCAAACCGCCAAAUAUUUGUUCAUUGCCUAAUUUUAAACAUUGUCUCUUAUACUUAACAAUCAGCACUUGCCACUUUUCAAAUAUAAUAUGAUUAUUUUCAGCUUUCAUCGCCCUUGAUUUGCAAUAUAACACCUUGCACGUGUGCACACAAAAUUUAUUGUACUCUUAAGAAAACUACAACAACCAUUAAACAUAGUUCAUAACUGCAGUGAUGGCUAAAAUGAUGAUGCACUUUUACGAAGCUAACCAUUUAAUUUGACACGUCAUAGAGUUAAACCAGUAUAAAAACAGGGAAGUUUCUGGUUUGUGCUUACUCCAGUGCCUUUGUUAAAGUAAUGCAACAGGAUAGGCUGCCUGACUGUUACUGUGGUCCAAUGUAUGUUGCAUAGAAUUGUGUUCAUAGUCAUAUCUUUAUGAAAUGUUCCCUAAUAAAACAGUUUUACAUUG